CUGUCAUCCAACAGCUUAUUUACAACUGCGUUCACAAAUUUUCGCCCGUUCCGGAAUUUCGCGUUUUCCGCACGGUUACAGGUUCGGUUCCUUUUUUUAUCCUCUACGGAAUAAAUCUCCGCUUGUUCGGACAGUCUCCCACGAUGGGUCGCAAGCGAAAAUCACGAGCUCCAGUUAAGAUCACCCGUUCGCCGAAACAAGCAAAACAGAGUAUGACGCCAGUAAAACAAGAUCAAGAUGCGAUUGGCACCGAUGAUAGUUCGGAUGCGAUAGUUACGGAUAAGUUUCCACCAACGAAGCCGCCAUCUCCAGAAUUAUCGGCACCGGUGCCGCUCGAUGAUAUGACGGAACAAAACGAGGCUUCGGAUGUCAAACCGCUGGACAGGGUCCGCCAGUGGAUGAUUGAUCAACAGCAGCAGCAGCAAGUCAACGAAUCCAAUUCGAUAGCUGAAUUGGACGAAAAUUCAGCUGAAGAACCUUUGAUAGAGGAACGCUACCCACUGCCGGAAGAUGGAGCACAAUCGACUGUAGUAUCGGAGGUCCCACUGCGAUAUCGGUUGAAAGAUUACAGCGAAAAACAGAUCACCAACUCGGUGAUGUAUGAGUGCGAGUGGCUCAAAUGUGGAUUCGAAACGACAGAGGAUAUAGAAUAUCUAACGCACGUCGAGAGUCAUUUGGUUGGCUAUAUGCAAGGAAAACGGGAUGUUCGUGACCUUCCCUGCCUGUGGGAUCUGUGUGAUUUUAAGACACCAAACAAACGUGAUUUGGAAAGUCAUGUACACUUUCAUGUGUAUCACAAUCGGAUGAAAACGCAUGGUGCCAGUCUGAGCAACAUCAUUAGCAUUCCAAAAUGCAACAGUGAUAGCCGUCGAAGAAACAGUAUCGAUAUGUAUCGGAUAACGUUCCAGUGCGAGUGGGACGACUGUGACGAAGUUUACGGCAAGGCACAAGAGUUUUUCACCCACGUGAACAAUCACAUCCAGGAUCAGUUCCCGAUAGACAAAAGGUCUACUAAGGAACCUAUGAUGUGUCAGUGGGCUGCCUGUAAGCAAACCUACAAACGGUGCAGUAUUGCACUCGAGCAUGUUAGAAGACACUCUACCGAGCGCACAAUUGGAUGCUACACUUGCGGAGCAUUGUUUGUAUCGCGGCUCAAAUAUAUAGACCAUUGCAAGCGUCAGGUCGAAUAUCACAAUCGCGAGUAUCCCUGCACGCAAUGCAACAAACUGUUUGCUACGAAGCAGCUAAUGGUGGAUCAUAAGAAUAUUCACAAUAAGAAAUAUCCGUGUACGCUCUGCCCGAUGAAGUGGCCUUCGAGGAAAGCGUUAUCGUACCACAUACGAUAUAGACACGUAGAAGAAAAACCAUUCGAAUGUCACGUCUGCCAUCAUCGGGCUGUAACCGCUCGUGAUUUAUUCAUUCAUAGAAACAUUCAUGCGAAUUUAUUUCGGUGGAUGUGCUCUGAGGAAGGCUGCAAUGUGGCUUACAAAUCCGAAAUAUCGCUACGAAAACAUAUAUUGACGGCACACAAGGGUCUCUCCCCGGACAUCUACGCGUGUCAUCUGUGCCCCAAGGAAUAUAAAUGUGGAACAUCACUGUCCAAACACCUGCUGAAUCUGCACCAAUGCGAACGACCGCCGGGCCACGUUCGUUUCCAAUAUCGCCAAGAUCAUCUGGAUGAGAAAUAUAAACUGGCUGCCUACCUAGACAGCAAAAUUGCCCAAUCCAAGACUGACAUAGUAGUGGUCGGUUCUUCCAGUGAACAAUCGCAGCUUUCAACAACGGCCGAGUCCGGAUCAUCGGAUUUCCUUGAUCAAACAACGUGGACCAGUUACUCGAUUCAAUCUUGCAAAUCCCUUGAUGUAGAUAAAAUUGCGAUUAAAAUGGUUCCCGACAAGGUCCAUCCAAAAGAGCCACCCAAAGCGCAUAUUACAAAGUCUGAAGUUUUAGGAGAUUUUUCGCUUAAUGAUGAACUAUUAAGGAAACAGGCCACAUUUACAAGUGAAACAAGUAUUGAAAAGAAUCCCCGUAAGGUCUAUGCGAAGGCAACACCCAAAGCUGGCCGAACAAAGUCGGAAAUCGUCGAAAAUGUUUCGCUUUUCGGCGAAACAGCAACGGAACAGUUCGAAUACGAAGGUGAAAUUGGUGUUGUAAGGUCGGGUGAGACGUCAAACGUUGACAGAAUUGCUAUUAGAACGACUCCCGAAGAGAUGUAUAUGGAGCAGCCGUUUGAAGUACGCCGAGAAAAAAUAGAAAUCGUGGACAAUUUCACCUUUACUGAGCAAAAUGCAACAAAACAGACUGCAUUUGAAGGUGCAACCGAUGCGUCGGAUUUAGAAGAGACAUCUGACGCCGAACAAAUUAAUUUUAAGAUAUUUCCUCGCAAGGUUUAUCCGAAAGCCACGCCCAAAACUCGCCGAGAACAUCCAAAUACCAAAAAUACACUUCCGCCGCUUGCAGACGAUGAUAGGAUGACCACAUUAUACCUAAGCCCUAACACAUCACGGCAGACAGUACUUGAAGAAAACACAACUACAAAUCUUCAAAAUUAUCCGUUUUUAAACGAAGAAAUUACGCCAUGCAAUAUUCAAGACUCAUCGUCUUCAGCUGCGGGCCGAUCCGAUUUGACAAACAACGUUAUGGGACACGAUAAUGCGCAAACCACAAUCAACAAUGAUCGAGUCAUUCCAAAAGUAGAAUAUGAUUCCAGCGAACUUAGCAUGAGCAGUAACGAAGCAGCAACGCAGGAUUGCAACGACCUGAUUACGGAGACAGUCGGAGAAUACACCAUUACUAUGAGCAGAACUGAUAAUGAAAUAACAGCCAGUACGCCAAUGAAAAACAGGAAAAACAAAAUGAAAUCUAAAACGCCGACACAAGGCAAGAUCGUAUCGCUGGGCGAUAUGGAGCUGAUCAAACCGUAUUUGGAAGUGGACCGUUCGGUGAUUAUUUCUAUUGACGAAACCGACCAUGCGGGAAAUGUUCUUUCAAACACAACGAUUGACUCGAUUGCAUAUAGUUGCAAAAACGACCCGAGUUUUAGUGGGAAUCCACGUUAAUUUUAAGCAAGGACCGUUUAUUUAACCAAUUUUAAUGUUGAUUCUUAUCUACUAUAUUUCGGAAUAUUCGUAAAGUUGGAUUGUAAAUGAUUCUGACAAAAUUGAAUUGUUUGAUGAACCUUGAAAAUUUCCAAUAAAAUGAAUUGCAGGAAGCGACUUCCACCGUCGACAUGACAA